AUGUCUCCAAACAUUGCACUUUUGAGACAACUUGGAGUGCCUCAAUCUGCCAUUUCUUUCUUGGUAAGUAAUUAUUCUUCUCAAGCGUUCACUACGCAUACUUGGUUUGUUGAGGCUGUCAACGAGUUUAUGGAAAUGGGAUUUGAUCGAUCGAAAACAGUGUUUGUCUGGGCAAUCCAAGCGUUCUUGAAGAUGCGUAAACUAAAGUUGGAGUCAAAGUUGGAGCUGUAUAGGAGGUGGGGUUGGUCAAAGAACAUGGCCCUCUCAGCAUUUAAAAGGAAUCUAAAUUGUAUGCUUUUAUCAGAAGAGAAGAUCACGAAAACAAUGGACUUCCUUGUGAACAAAAUGGGUUGGCCAUAUGCUAAUAUUGCUAUUAAUCCUGCAGUUCUAUGUUGCAGCUUGGAGAAGAGGAUAAUGCCUAGGUUUUCAGUUAUUCAGGUUUUACAAGCGAAGGGUUUGGUCAAGAAUGAUUUGUCCUCAGGAUCUAUCAUACUACCUAGUGAGAGGUGCUUUGUGGAGAAGUUUUUGAUCAAAUUUCACGACGAUGUUCCUGAACUGUUGAAUGUAUAUUAG